CCAGCGACCAUACCAACGCCACCAACGCCAGCGCAAGUCUCCACCAACCGCAUAAAAUAAAACCCUUCCGUCUCUUUCGAGUCCACUCUUCACUUCGAUAGCCAUCUUUUUAAAUCACACCAAAUCUUCAAAAUCCAAAGUCAAAGAUCGCAUUAUCUCUUUUCUCACCAAUACUUUCUGAGCUCCUACAAUGGCGCAGAUUUCAGACAAGGAACUCAACGCCGUCACAAGGAGGAUCGCAACCUUCUCCAACCAUCUACUACCGGUCGGUUCGAGCGGUGGUUCCAUCGGGUUCUGUAAUGCUUCAAUGAAUGAUAGCUAUCAUCGAAUCCAUGGUGAAGUUCCGAGCCACGAGGUUGAGUGGAAAACUGCUUGUGAUGAGCAUGGGAAAGAGUUCACCGAUAUUAUUUGUGAAAAGGCAGUGGAUGAGGGCAUUGCAAAGAUUACAAUAAAUAGGCCACAGAGAAGAAAUGCGUUCCGGCCGCAGACAAUUAAGGAGCUUAUGCGUGCUUUUAAUGACGCCAGGGAUGAUAGUUCCGUGGGAGUCAUAAUUCUCACUGGGAAGGGAACCAAGGCAUUUUGUAGUGGGGGUGACCAGGAGUUAAGAAAAGCAGAUGGUUAUGCUGAUUUUGAAAAUUUUGGCCGCCUUAAUGUUUUAGAUCUUCAGGUACAAAUUAGGCGUCUUCCGAAACCAGUGAUAGCAAUGGUUGCUGGUUAUGCUGUUGGAGGAGGACAUGUGUUACAUAUGGUUUGUGAUCUGACCAUUGCGGCGGAUAAUGCUAUUUUCGGCCAAACUGGUCCUAAGGUAGGAAGUUUUGAUGCUGGUUAUGGAAGUUCCAUUAUGUCCCGCUUGGUUGGACCUAAAAAGGCACGUGAAAUGUGGUUUCUAGCAAGAUUUUACACAGCUUCUGAGGCAGAGAAAAUGGGACUUGUCAAUGCUGUUGUGCCGCUAGAGAAAUUAGAGCAGGAAACGAUUAAAUGGUGCAGAGAGAUCCUACGAAAUAGUCCAACAGCAAUUCGAGUGCUCAAAUCAGCUCUUAAUGCAGUUGAUGAUGGCCAUGCUGGACUCCAGGAACUUGGUGGAAAUGCCACACUCCUUUUUUAUGGCACUGAAGAAGGAAAUGAAGGGAAGACAGCAUAUGUGCAACGUAGACGCCCAGAUUUUUCAAAAUUUCCUAGGCGACCUUAGAAGUUGAAUCUUGCAGCUGCAUUUGCAUUAAAAAUGUCAAACUUUUGUAGUCUCAUUUUCUAUAAAUUUCAGUAAGUAGUAUUUAAAACUAUGUUUUUCAAUUCAUGAAAAUGAGACAACUGCAUCAACAAAAACAGGAAAUUGGGGGCUUGGGAUUUGAAUGGUUUGUAAUUUGGACUACGCCAUUGCAUCAUGUGCCCAUGUGUGGUUUGUUGUUUCCUAGUAAUAAUACUAAUAAUUUUAUAAUA